ACCGCUACAAGAUAUCCAUCAGGUGACUGCAGAUUUCACUUCAUCCACCCAUAAGGUUUCCUGCAAAUUUAUUUUACUACCACGUCAGGCUCUUAGAGGAACUCCAUAGCUUCAGUAAGAGGUAAUUUGGAAACCAUGCCCAGGAUAAAGGUUAUGACCUCUGUCAUUGCAGUAGUGAUAUUUCUUCAAAUCAUUUUCCUGGUUCAUUUACACCAAAGACCAAGUGUUAAUCUGCCAACCAAAGGAGAACCAAAGAAGGUUCAUCUUCUCAUUCUUUCCACCUGGAGGUCAGGAUCAUCUCUUUUAGGUCAGUUCUUCAGUCAGCACCCUGAUGUCUUCUACUUGAUGGAGCCAGCUUGGCACGUGUGGCAGUCCUUACCGCACUACAGCGCCCACGUUCUUCAUAUGUCAGUGAGAGACAUGGUCCGCUCAGUGUUUAAAUGUGACAUGUCCGUGUUUGAUACGUACAUGAAAAGUGAGAAGAAUAUUUCAGCCUUGUUCCAGUGGUAUUCCAGUAAGGCUCUCUGUGCACCCCCUGCAUGCCAUUCAUUUUCUCGUUACAAUAUCACAAAUGAGACGGCUUGUAAGAAACUGUGUGGAAAUGAUUCAUUUAGUAAAAUUGAAGAGACAUGUGACAAGUAUACCCAUAUAGUUGUCAAAGAGGUUCGAUUUUUUGACAUCACAGUACUGUAUCCUCUUCUCAAAGACCCUUCCUUAAAUCUGAAAAUCCUCCACUUGGUACGUGACCCCCGAGCUGUUGGGAAGUCCCGUGGACGGGCUCCCAGAGCUCUUGCUGGUGACAACGGCAUCGUCCUUGACACAAACGGCACAAAAAUAAACGAUACGAAUUACGAAGUCUUAAGAAAAAUCUGCGAGAGUCACGUUAACAUGUACAAGAUAGCCAGCUACAAACCUCCUCCGUUCCUGAAAGGAAAAUACAUGUUGGUCCGGUAUGAAGAUUUGGUGCGAAAUCCAUUAAAGAAAGUGGAAGAGCUGUAUAAAUUUGCCAAUUUACAACUGACUGAUCAGCUUGCUCAAUGGAUCUAUAAUAUAACUCACGGAGAAGGACCAGCCAAGAGAAAGGAAGCCUUUGAAACCACUACAAGAAAUGCAUUAAAUGUAUCUGUAGCCUGGAGAGGUGUUCUUCCCUUUGAGAAAGUCCGACAAAUACAGGACGUAUGCAAGGAAGCCUUUACCACCUUAAAAUACCAGUUUAUGAAUUCGGAGGCAGAACAGCAGGAUAUGUCAAGGGAUUUUAUACUGCCAAUGAAAUAG